AUGAUCGAGGAGGAGGAGUGGUCCAAGGAGCUGGAGGCCAACCGCAAGCCCGGCCAGAAGCACCCCACGCCGUCGCCCGGUUUCGCGGACCGCGUGUUCUACGAGAGUCUGCUGCAGCAGCGGCCCGACAGCCGCAUGGCGCAGAAGUGGUGCCUCGAGUACGGCGUGCUCAAGUGGGCGGAGGCCGAGGCGCUCUGCAAGAAGCUGGGCGUGUCCAUCAACGUGACGCGGCCGGCCAAGUCGCCCAAGCUCAAGAAGCAGCAGAAGAGCGCGGGAGGACGCGCGAGCCGAGUGCAGGACGAGUCGGCAGCGGCCGAGGCCAUGGAGAUCUCGGGCGCCGGCUUCGAAGGCGUCGGCCUGGGCGCGCUCUAA